AUGGAGUCAGGACGCAAGAAACCACAGUCGGAACCACUCUCUGAAAGUGAGAAGCAUGAUUUCAGCACGUACGAAAAGCGGCCGCCGAACGGAUAUUUGCUUGGGAAACAUUUCAAGGAACGGACGUACUUUGAUUCCGGUGAUUUCGCUCUCUCCGCGGCUCAACAAGAAACCGACAAUGGCGCCAUUCAAACAGGCAGAGAGCAUCCCCGUCGCGAGAGCAUUUCGCACCCUUAUGCCCCUGUCCCAAGCACGAGUAACGUUGACCAACAUGCAAAUGAGGACUUGGAUAGGAAGACCGCCAGUCCAGAAAGGAGCCAUCUCCAUCAGCACACAGAUGUUGAACCUGAAGGUUCCACCACGUAUAAGGAGGAGCAGAGCAAGACUAUCUCGCAAUCUGAAGACGCCAUAUGA